AAAACGAAAUGAACGCCAUCUAACGGACGGCAAAACGGCGAAGGCAAAGGCGAAGGCGAGAUCCCCAACAACGCCGGCGUCUUUCUGUUAUUUAAUUCCUUCCUCGUCGUCUGCGUCAGGGCGCCAUCCGAUCACCCAUGGGGUAUCUUCUUCUUCUCCUUCUCCUCUUCUUCGUUCCUUUCCUCGCCUUGGCCGCUGCCCUCGCCUUCCUGGUCCGUCCCCACCCUGUGCACGUCCCCAUCAAAGGCCGCCACGUCUUCAUCACCGGAGGCUCCAGCGGGAUCGGCCUCGCCCUAGCCCGCCAGGCCGCUGUCGAGGGCGCCCGCGUCUCCAUCCUCGCCCGCGGUGCUGCCCGCCUCCAGGAGGCCCGCGACGGCAUCCGCCUCGCCACCGGCGUCGAGGUCGCCACUUUCAGCGCCGACGUGCGGGAUGCGGACGCCGUCGCCAAGGCCUUGGAGGCCUCCGGUCCCGUCGACGUACUGGUGUGUAACCACGGGGUGUUCUCGCCGCAGGAGCUCGAUAAGCAGGACCUGGAGGAGGUGAGGUUCAUGGUGGAGGUCAAUCUUAUGGGCACGUUCCACCUCAUCAAGGCUGCGCUGCCCCCCAUGAAGAGGAAUGUUAAGGCCACUGGACUCCCAGCUUCCAUAGCCAUAAUGUCGUCUCAGGCCGGGCAGGUUGGUAUAUAUGGUUAUACAGCCUACUCCGCUAGCAAAUUCGCACUUCGUGGAUUGGCUGAGGCCCUGCAGCAUGAGCUAAUUUCAGACAAUAUCCGUGUGUCUAUGAUAUUUCCUCCAGACACAGAGACACCGGGUUAUGCCGAAGAACACAGGAGGAGGCCAGAUGUCACCAACUUGAUCGCAGGAUCUUCCCCCGGUAUGAAAGCCGAUGACGUUGCCAAAACUGCCUUAGAUGGCAUCAAAUCUUCAAGGUUUAUUAUUCCCUGCAACUUUGAGGGCAGUAUGCUAUCUAUAGCUACAGCUGGGUUGUCCCCACAGGGCUCAUAUUUCACAGCAUUGGUAGAGGUGCUUUUUGCUGGAUCCAUGCGGUUCCUUGGUCUUAUCUUCCAGUGGAAUUGGUUCAGAAUUAUAGAGCGCUGGCAUGCCAGGAUGAAAAAUUCUUAAUGUGCUUCAGCAUUGUCCAGGAAAGGGCAAUUGAGAUUCUUGCCAACUGCCCCAAGUUUACUUUCAUGCGAUUCUGUGAAAAGAACAAUCCUUUAAAAUUAUUGUAUAUUUAGUUGUGUUUGAACGGUGUAAUCUCUAUGGAUCAAUACAACAAUCAAUCAAACUUUAUCUAUUUGAUUUAUCUAA